AUGGGGUCCGAGUCGGUGAAGGUGGUGGUCCGGUGCCGGCCCCUGAACGCCCGGGAGCGGGCCCUCGGCUCGGACGUGGUGCUGUCCGUGGACCUGCGCCGGUGCCAGUGCUCCAUAGAGAAGCCCGGGGCGGCCGACGAGCCCCCGAAACACUUCACCUUCGACGGCACCUACUUCCUGGAUCAGACCACCGAGCAGAUGUACAACGAGACCGCCUACUCUUUGGUGGAGGGUGUCACUGAGGGAUACAACGGGACCAUCUUUGCCUAUGGACAAACUGGAAGUGGGAAGUCUUUCACCAUGCAGGGGGUGUCCGAUCCCGCGGCCCAGAGGGGGGUCAUUCCAAGAGCCUUUGAGCACAUCUUUGAGAGUAUUCAGUGUGCAGAGAACACCAAGUUCCUGGUGAGGGCCUCCUACCUGGAGAUUUACAAUGAAGAGAUCCGAGACCUUUUGGGUAGUGACACCAAGCAGAGAUUGGAGCUGAAAGAGCAUCCGGAGCGAGGCGUGCACGUGCGCGACCUCUCCGUGCGCACGGUGCACAGCGUGGGCGAGUGCGAGAGGAUCGUCGAGCAAGGCUGGCGGAACCGGGCGGUGGGCUUCACGCUGAUGAACAAGGAUUCGUCGCGCUCGCACUCCAUCUUCACCAUCCAUUUGGAGAUCUACAACACAGACGCAGGCGGCCAGGACCGCCUACGAGCAGGUAAACUCAACCUGGUCGACCUGGCCGGGAGUGAGCGCCAGUCCAAGACCGGCGCCACGGGCGAGCGACUCCGCGAGGCCACCAAGAUCAACCUGUCGCUCUCGGCCCUGGGCAACGUCAUCUCGGCUCUGGUGGACGGCCGCUCCAAGCACGUCCCCUACCGGGACUCCAAGCUGACCCGGCUGCUGCAGGACUCCCUGGGGGGGAACACGCGCACCUUGAUGAUCGCCUGCCUCUCGCCCGCGGACAACAACUAUGAGGAGAGCCUGAGCACGCUGCGCUACGCCAACCGGGCCAAGAGCAUCCAGAACCGGCCUCGCAUCAACGAGGACCCCAAGGACGCUCUGCUCCGGGAGUAUCAGGAGGAGAUCAAGAAGCUGCGGGCCCUCGUCUCAGGCAAGCUGGGCCCCGCGCCUCCGCUGGCUGGUCCGGUGUCCGAGGCGCCCCCCGCCGGUCCCUCAGGGCCGCAACCCACCAGCACAGAAGCGGAGAAGAUUAAAGAGGCAACCGCUGAGUACGAAGUGAGGCUGGCCAAGCUGCAGGCCGAGUACAACGCGGAGCAGCGGUCCAGAGCCAAGCUGCAGGAGGACAUGGCCGCGCUGCGCUCCUCUUUUGAAUCCAAGCUGCCCCGUCUGGAAGAGGCUGGAGCCAGCAGGGGGGGCUCCGUCCAUCCGAGGGAUGGGAACGGAAGUUCAUCUCCACAAUCGAGCUGCAGCUGUGUGACGGAGGAUGUUGUGGAAGAGUUGGGCCCCACCCGUGAUCCCACGUGCCACAGCACAUGUGGAGAACCUCCCAUGACCAAGCCCACUGUACCAGCCGCCAGGGUCCAAAAAAACCCUGGCGCCGACUCUCAUGACGCCGCUGCGGGGCUUCCGGACCAGCAACACGUCCUGGAAAGACUGCAGCAGCUGGAGCAGGAGGUGGUUGGAGGCGAGCAGGCCAGGAACAACGAGUUGAAGCAGAGGCAGAGGCACAGGAGGAACCUUGCUGACCAGAGGAAGGUGCACCUCAUCCGCGCUCUGUCCGAGGACAGCGAGGACAGCGAAAACGUGCUGCUGAACGUCUACAACUCCAUCCAGGAGGAGGUGCACGCCAAGAGUCAAGCUCUGGUCAAGGUCCAGGGCAAGCUGAAAGCGGCCAAGCUGGAGAUCCGCGACCUGCAGGCCGAGUUCGAGGUGGAGAGGGACGACUACCUGGCCACCAUCCGGCGGCUGGAGAGGGAGGGCCGCCUACUGCACGGCCUGCUGGAGCGCAUGGUGCCCCUGGUGCGCCGCGACUGCAACUACAGCAACCUGGACCGCUUGAAGAAAGACGCGGCGUGGGACGAGGAGGGCGCCACCUGGAGGCUGCCUGAUGUCGUGGUGCAGAAAACGACGCUGCCUGCAGCGGCGACGCCCAAGCUGUCACCCGGAAGGGGUCCAGCGAGGGACGGUGGAGUGCCGUCCGCAGCCGAUGAGGAGGCGGAGGGGGAGUUAGAGGAGGAGCAGCAGGAGGAGGAGGAGGGGGACCGGUACAGGGAGAUGCUGGACCGGAGCGACAGCGAGAACUUUGCCAGCAGCUACUUCAGGUCGAAGAGAGCGAUCCAUCUGCUGGGACGGGACGCGGCCAGGGGACACGUCCUCCGCCCUCCUCCCCCGGUUAGGGGGGCCGUGACCCCGCCCAUCAGCACUGACUCCGCCCCGCCGCGCCCCUUCCGCCUGGAGUCGCUGGACGUCCCGGUGUCCAACGCUAAGGUGAGGCGCAAAAAGAGCAAAUCUCACAUCCACAACGAGGGGAUUUGAAAAAGGCUCUUUUUCCCGUCACCUGAAUGACUUUGGACUCAAAACACUGCUCACAUACAGCAAAAUCCUAAAUAUAUUUAUUCAUUUUCAUAUCCAAACCAAAAACGUUGAGGCCCAGUUCCUCGACGCCGCAAGUCUCAUUUGGUUUAGAUUCACUAUUUCAAUGUUGAUUUUAAACAAAAUACUACCUACAC